AUGGCAAAGAAGUUGAGGUCUUUUAUGAUGAAGUUCAAUCUGAAAUCAGUUGAACUAUUUGAGUUUGGAGAUGGGAAUGCCAAAAUUGGAAAUAGUAUGAAGAAAAUUGCUGUAGGACUUUAUGGCAUAGGAAAGAGAAAUGAAGCAGAUACCAGCAUAAACAAUAUUGAUAUAAAGAACCAGACUGCUAUAAUGGAGUUUAUCCUGACUGGGCUAUCUACAAUCACUGGAAUACAGACACUUCUUUUCUGGGUAUUCAUGAUCAUCUACACCACGGCGCUAUGUGCCAACAUCCUUCUCAUCCUUACCAUAUGCACUUUCAGGAAACUCCACUCUCCCAUGUACUUCUUCACUGUCAAUUUGUCCUUAGUGAAUGUAUUCUCUAUUUCAGUUACCACACCUAAAUUGCUUCAGAGUCUUUGGACUGGAAGAAAGACAAUCUCAUUUUAUGGUUGCAUUGCACAACUCUAUCUGUUUAUAUGGGCUUUGGGCACAGAACUUCUGCUUCUUUCCUUUAUGGCUUUUGAUCGCUAUGCUGCUAUCUGUCACCCUUUGCAGUACACCAUGAUCAUGAGGAAGGAAGUCUGUUUUGGCAUAGCAAGUAUUGUAUGGAUUGCUGGAAUGAUGAAUUCUGCAGUUCAUGCUUGUCUUAUGUUGAAACUCUCCUUUUGUAACUCCAAUGUUAUCAAUCACUUCUUCUGUGAUGCACCUCCAUUAAUGCACCUCUCAUGCUCAGAUACAAGUCUAAAUGAGUCUAUGGCAUUUGUCUCAGAUGUGACAUUUGGGAUUGUUUGUUGUGGGUUGACUCUAACAUCAUAUUUUUUAAUCAUAAGAGCUAUCUGCAGAAUCCGUUCCACUGAAGGGAAGAAGAAAGCAUUCUCCACCUGUUCCUCACAUUUUAUUGUGGUCAGUAUUUUCUACUCCUCAGUCAUCUACACUUAUAUCAGACCCACUUCAGUCUACUCUCCAGACCAAGAUAAGAAAAUUGCUCUCCUUUAUUCAGUGGUAACUCCUGUUCUUAAUCCAGUGAUAUAUUCAUUGAGAAACAAAGAUUUUAUAGAUGGAAUGAGCGCACUCAUAGGGAGAGUCAGGCUGUUCUGUAGACUUCAGAACAGAGCUUUCUUCUAA